AUGUCUAUGUUCGAUAUAGAAACCGAUGAUCAAAUCAAGGAAUUCAUGCAAGGUGAAGGAAAAUAUCAUAGUGCACCAUAUGUGGAAUUGGGUCGCCGACUUCCCAAGUUUUCCCCAAAACAAAUACGUCAUAGGUGGAAAUUCAACUCUAACCGAAUUGCGGGUGGUGCUGUCAAUAGGAUCCGGGUCACACAUUGUAUACGAAAACGUCCUGCCAAAAAACCCAAAAUCCCUGGUACUAGUGUUAUUAACUUUAAUGUCAAACAACCUGGCACCAAUACCCAUGUCAAUCCUUCCGCCAUUGUCUUCUUUAAUGUCCCUCAUCUCCAACUUCGUCCUUCUUUACCAACAUUAAUACCUGAUUUUCAACCAGAAAUUAGUAUUCCGAAAAUGAUGCCAAUAUUUUAG